AUGGCGCUUUUCGGUCAAGCUGCGGCGCCUGCUGCGACCAGCUCCACAACCGGAGACACAAGCAAAGAUGUCGAAGUGCCAGCCGGCCAAGUACCCAGCGACAGCAUAUCCGACCUCCAGUUCUCGCCAACCAACGACUUCCUCGCGGUAGGAAGCUGGGACAAGAAAGUCUACAUCUACGAAGUCAACGGCAAUGGCGCAAUGGGAAAGUGGAUGUUUGAGUGCCAGGGCCAUGUUCUUGGUGUUGGUUGGUCAAAGGAUGGCACACGCAUAGCAGCCGGCGACUCAACAGGCAUGCUCAAUAUUGUUGACUUCCGUACUGCCCCGGCCAGCGGUACUGUCCCCGCCCAGCAAGCCAAAGCCCACGAGAAUGCCAUCAAGUGCGUACGCUGGUUCCAGACUGGCGGCAAGGACUAUGUUGCGACUGGCUCGUGGGACAAGACGGUCAAGUUUUGGGAUCUACAGGGUGCUGAGCCUGUCGGUACUCUGCAAUGUCAGGAGCGCGUCUACAGCAUGGAUGUCAAAGAUCAAUUACUCGUCAUUGCGACAGCAGAGCGCCACAUCCAUAUGGUCAACUUGACCAACCCCACGACCAUUUACAAGACUAUCACCAGUCCACUUAAGUGGCAGACAAGGGUGGUUAGCUGUUUUACAGAUGCCACUGGUUUCGCUGUGGGCUCCAUUGAAGGCCGAUGCGCCAUCCAAUACGUUGAGGACAAGGAUACCAGCCUCAACUUCUCUUUCAAGUGCCACCGCCAACCUGACCCGAACGCUCGCGAAACCGCAAAGGUCUUCUCUGUAAACGCCAUUUCCUUCCAUCCACAACACGGCACUUUCUCCACCGCCGGCUCCGACGGCACCUUCCACUUCUGGGACAAGGACGCAAAGCACCGCCUCAAGGGCUACCCUGAAGUCGGCGGCAGCAUCGUCGCGACGAGCUUCAGCAAAGACGGAAACAUUUUCGCAUACGCAGUCAGCUACGACUGGAGCAAGGGCUACGGGGGCAACAACCAGCAGUACCCCAUCAAGAUCAAGCUUCACCCCAUUCUAGGCGAUGAAUGCAAACCACGUCCUGGAAGCAAGAAGAGGUAA